AUGCUGUCCGGCUCGCAGGGCCACAGCCCGCCCGCGCCGCUCCCCGGCCCGCCGCCCGCCCCGCCGCAGCCCCCCGCGCCCGGCCCGCCCGCCGCGCCGCAGCCCCCCGCGCCCGCCCCGGCGCCCGCCCCCGCCCCGGCCCCCGCCCCGGCCCCCGCCCCGGCCCCGGCCCCGGCCCCGCCGCAGUUCCCGCAGUUCCACGUCAAGUCGAGCCUGCAGAUCAAGAAGAACGCCAUCAUCGACGACUACAAGGUCACCACCCAGGUCCUGGGGCUGGGCAUCAACGGCAAAGUUCUGCAGAUCUUCAACAAGAGGACCCAGGAGAAAUUCGCCCUCAAGAUGCUUCAGGACUGCCCCAAGGCCCGCCGGGAGGUGGAGCUGCACUGGCGGGCCUCCCAGUGCCCCCACAUCGUGCGCAUCGUGGAUGUCUACGAGAACCUGUACGCGGGGAGGAAGUGCCUGCUCAUUGUCAUGGAGUGUCUGGAUGGUGGAGAACUCUUCAGCCGGAUCCAGGACCGAGGAGACCAAGCGUUCACGGAAAGAGAGGCGUCAGAAAUCAUGAAGAGCAUCGGCGAGGCCAUCCAGUACCUGCACUCGAUCAACAUCGCUCACCGGGAUGUCAAGCCUGAGAAUCUCCUGUACACCUCCAAAAGGCCCAAUGCCAUCCUGAAACUCACAGAUUUUGGCUUUGCCAAGGAAACCACCAGCCACAACUCUCUGACCACUCCCUGUUACACGCCGUACUAUGUAGCUCCAGAAGUGCUGGGCCCCGAGAAGUAUGACAAGUCCUGUGACAUGUGGUCCUUGGGUGUCAUCAUGUACAUCCUGCUGUGUGGGUAUCCCCCCUUCUACUCCAACCAUGGUCUCGCCAUCUCUCCGGGCAUGAAGACUCGCAUCCGAAUGGGCCAGUAUGAAUUUCCCAACCCAGAGUGGUCGGAGGUAUCAGAGGAAGUGAAGAUGCUCAUCCGGAACCUGCUGAAAACAGAGCCCACUCAGAGGAUGACCAUCACGGAAUUCAUGAACCACCCCUGGAUCAUGCAAUCAACAAAGGUCCCUCAAACCCCACUGCACACCAGCCGGGUCCUGAAGGAGGACAAGGAGCGGUGGGAGGAUGUCAAGGAGGAGAUGACCAGUGCCUUGGCCACAAUGCGUGUCGACUACGAGCAGAUCAAGAUAAAAAAGAUCGAAGAUGCGUCCAACCCUCUCCUUCUGAAGAGGCGGAAGAAAGCUCGGGCCCUGGAGGCCGCGGCCCUCGCUCACUGAGCUGCUGAGCCCGUCCCGCUCCACUGGCGGACAAGCAAUAACUCUCGACCUGAAUAUAUUUUUUAAACGAAGAGACCCAGGACUGCCCGCUUCACCUCCCUCCUCGGCGGCGUGGAGCCCAGAGCCCGUCCGAGGCCGCAUCCCGCCUGUGGUUCCCACCACCUCGGAGAGGGAGAGGCUGGGAGGCUGCGGGCGGUGCGGAGAGAAAAGAGCAAGACGCUCUGGAACCUGUGCUCAUUUUGCAAUUUUAUCAGUAAUUUGACUUGGAAUUUUUAUGAAACUUCUUUUAUUGUUCUUUCCCCCACUCGGCCUCCUCUUGCCCAGACCCCUUCCUCUCUGGAUGUGUAAGGGCUCGGGGUUGGUUCAGGGGUGUUUGUGGCAACUGUCCGAGGGAGCGUCCCUGCGUCCACCUGGCCUCUCCUGCCCCAUCCCGGCCGGGGGCCCCUGCGACUGAGGCAUUCUGGGAGCUCGGGGCCCUGCGGGGCCGGGGCCAGGAUGCCACCCGCCUCUGCGGGAGCCCUCAGACCUCACCGAUGUGCCAGACAGACAGAGGCGAGUGUGAUUGUGUGUGUGUGUGUGUGUGCGCACGUGCCCGGAUCUGUGUCUGGGACUGUGCAUGUUCAUGGGGCCAGGGGCAGGCAGGGCUGCAGAGGGAGGGCCCCUGCUGUGGCUCAAGAACCUCACCCCUCCUUGGGCCUGCCGUGCCUGCGUCAGGUCUGCCAAAGUGCCUGAGAAGCCUGCCCCGACUCAGCCCGGCCCCGCAGCCUGCCCGGUGGUUCUGGGAGGCAGAGAGGAGCCACCUGGGCUCCGGCCCAGCGGUCGGGAAGGCUGGACCACCCUCACCCCCACCCGUGGGCGCCCGUGCAGUGCUGGUCCUAGUCUUCUGAGGCGCUUCCCUACCCAGUAGCCUCUCUCCCCCUUCCUGCCAUGAUUAACCCGUUCUUGAUGAUUUUUCCUAUAUUUUGAGCCACUUCUCAAUGGGCCUCCUCUCUGCUCCCAUGGGGGGAGCCUGGGCUGUUUAGAAGUGACUUGGAGCUUUUGCAUUUUGCCGCCUCUCCUGGGCCCCUGGGGGUACCGGCCGGCUCCCCCUCGAGGGCAGAGGCGGCACCCCUUGGGUGGCCCCGUGGGUGGGUGGGGGAGUCUUCACACCAAAGAUGUCCCGACUCUGCCCCUGCCUCCGUUAGCCACUUCACCUCGACCCCCAAGCAACUCAGCCUUGUGUGUCCAGGCCAGUGGGGGAGGGGGGGGCGGGAAGGGCCCUCCCCCCGGUACUAGUGAGCAGCGUGGGGGGAGGUCUCCGGGCCAGGGGUGGGCACUGAUUCUCCAGCUCUCGUCUCCCUCGGGGCCGAGUUGCUGGAGGAGCACCCCAGAUCUUCUCCGGAUGUGGGCAAGGGCUCUGAGGGCCCCCAGUGCCUCCCGGUCCCUGACGGCGUGGCCAGCACUCAGAUUGUUGUAAACUGUUGUUUUGUAUGAGCGAAACUGUCUUUACUAAACGGAUUUAAUAGUUGAAA